AGCGAAGAAAACAUCUGGGAGUCACUGUGGAUGAUGUUCUGAAAAGUCAGUUCAAGGUGUAGCGGAAGUCAAAAAGCAAAUAGAAUGGUAGAAAUUAUCAGGAUUUCUGUGUCAGCUUAUCUUUUAUAGAAACUGAACGCCAUCUCGUUCCUCCCCAACCCCAGAAGAAGAGGGAAAUGCAUUCUGAGGGCAGAGAAUAAAAAAGGAAAGAUAUCCUUGAUUUGCAGAAGGCAUCUCAAAAUGUUGUGUCGAGCUGCUCUGAGCCCUCUUGUCCGCUCCCCUGGAUGGUGCUUUGUGUUACCGCCACAUGCCAUCGCAGCCAUUUCCCGUUUAUAUCUCCCUCACCAUAACCAAAGAUUAAGGAAUGAAUCCAUCCGUUGUUGGAGCAACAUCCCAUUUAUCACCAUGCCACUUAGCCGUGCACAUGGAAAAUCAUUUGCACAUCGCAGUGAGCUGAAGCAUGCAAAGCGGAUUGUAGUGAAGCUGGGUAGCGCUGUUGUGACUCGAGGGGAUGAGUGUGGCUUGGCCCUUGGGAGGCUGGCAUCUAUCGUAGAGCAGGUGUCAAUGCUGCAAAAUCAGGGCCGAGAGAUGAUGAUUGUCACCAGUGGUGCCGUAGCUUUUGGAAAGCAGCGGUUGCGUCAUGAGAUCUUGCUUUCUCAGAGUGUGAGGCAAGCACUUCACUCAGGCCAGAAUCAGCUAAAAGACAUGGCUAUACCAGUCUUGGAGGCUCCAGCCUGUGCAGCCGCUGGCCAGAGUGGACUAAUGGCUCUGUAUGAGGCCAUGUUUACGCAGUACAGCAUCUGUGCAGCUCAAAUUUUAGUCACCAACCUGGAUUUCCAUGAUGAACAGAAGCGUCGGAACUUAAAUGGAACAUUGCAUGAGCUUUUAAGAAUGAAUAUUGUCCCUAUAAUCAACACUAAUGAUGCUGUUGUUCCACCUCCAGAGCCGAACAGUGAUCUGCAGGGGGUGAUUAGUGUGAAGGAUAACGACAGUCUGGCAGCACGACUGGCUGUGGAAAUGAAAACUGAUCUCCUGAUUGUUCUUUCAGAUGUAGAAGGACUCUUUGACAGCCCUCCAGGAUCUGAUGAUGCAAAGCUCAUUGACAUAUUCUACCCAGGAGACCAGCAGUCUGUAACAUUUGGAACCAAAUCCCGCGUGGGAAUGGGAGGCAUGGAAGCGAAGGUGAAAGCAGCUCUGUGGGCCCUGCAAGGAGGCACCUCUGUAGUGAUUGCAAAUGGAACCCAUCCAAAAAUCUCAGGUCAUGUCAUCACAGAUAUUGUAGAAGGGAAAAAAGUUGGAACUUUUUUUUCAGAAGUAAAACCUGCAGGUCCCACAGUAGAGCAGCAGGGUGAAAUGGCUCGAGCUGGUGGCAGGACCCUGGCGGCUCUACAGCCCGGGCAGAGAGCGGAGAUUAUUUAUCGUCUUGCUGACUUAUUAACUGACCAGAGAGAAGAAAUUCUCUUAGCAAACAAAAAGGACUUAGAAGAGGCUGAAAAUAAAGGGAGAUUGGCACUUCCUUUGUUGAAACGUCUAAGUCUGUCUACAUCAAAGCUGAACAGCUUGGCUAUUGGUCUGCGUCAGAUUGCAGCAUCCUCACAGGACAGUGUCGGCCGUGUAAUUCGGCGAACACGAAUAGCAAAAGACCUGGAUUUGGAGCAGGUGACGGUGCCUAUUGGUGUCCUUCUUGUGAUCUUCGAGUCCCGUCCUGACUGUCUUCCACAGGUAUGUAAGGAGGGCAGGGGAAAUUGGCUUCGCCCUGGAAGAGAGCGUGUCUGUAGCUUUCAAAUCCUUCAUCAUCUGACACAAGAAGCACUCUCCAUUCACGGAAUCAAAGAUGCAGUGCAACUAGUGAACACAAGAGAAGAAGUAGAAGAUCUCUGCCGUUUGGAUAAGCUGAUAGAUCUCAUCAUUCCACGUGGCUCAUCACAGCUAGUCAGGAAUAUCCAGAAAGCUGCUAAGGGAAUCCCAGUUAUGGGACACAGCGAAGGGAUCUGUCAUGUGUAUGUGGACACGGAUGCCAGCGUUGAGAAGGUCACACGAAUAAUCAGAGACUCAAAGUGUGAAUACCCUGCUGCCUGUAAUGCUCUGGAAACUCUCUUAAUUCAUCGAGACUUGCUGAGAACCCCGUUGUUUGAUCAGAUCAUAGACAUGUUGAGAGUAGAACAGGUGAAGAUUCAUGCUGGCCCAAAGUUUGCAUCUUACUUGACAUUCAGCCCUUCAGAAGUGAAAUCUCUCCGCACAGAAUAUGGGGACCUAGAGUGCUGCAUUGAGGUGGUGGACAGUGUCCAAGAAGCUGUUGAACAUAUCCACAAGUACGGAAGUUCUCACACAGAUGUUAUCAUCACAGAGAAUGAGAAAACGGCAGAGUUCUUCCUCCAGCAUGUGGACAGCGCUUGCGUUUUCUGGAAUGCCAGUACUCGAUUCUCGGACGGCUAUAGAUUUGGACUUGGUGCGGAAGUGGGAAUUAGUACUUCUCGUAUCCAUGCACGUGGACCUGUGGGAAUUGAAGGACUUUUAACUACGAAGUGGUUGCUGAGGGGAGACAAUCACGUUGUUUCUGACUUCUCAGAGCACGGGAGCAUGAAGUACCUCCAUGAGAGCCUCCCUCUCCCUCAGAGAAAUACAAACUAAGAACAUCGGGGCGGGGGGGGAAACCCGGGGGCAUAAAUAUUUCCUGAAGAUGUUCAGGGUGCUCUCUGGGGAGGGAGUUUGGUUUUCAUCUUCAGGAACAUGUUUCUCUGUCACCGUGCAGUAUAAUGAAUAUAAAAUGAUCCCACCGGUGAGAUUUUUCUGUUUCCUUAGAUAGUAUCUGCAAACUGACCUCACUUUUCUGAGCCAGACUUCUUCAAAACAUAAAAGUAGCAUAAGGAAACAUUCAAAUAUCUGCUGCAUUCUUUUUUUUUAUCCCAGUGCUCCCUAUAGCAAUAUGCUUGGUGGUGGAGCAUUUUUUUUUUCCCUAAGUCUUGGUUUUAUUCAAAUGUCUGUUCUGAAGAACAAACUUGAUAGUCUUUUUUUUUCUUCAUUCUUAUGAUCAUGGCAGCUCUUGAAAGCCAGAAAGCUUUACACUUACUUUCUUUGUACUUGAUCAUUCUUGUGAUAAGGGAAUAGAUGCCCCAAAUGCCUAGUAAGCUUUUGACCAAGAAACCUUUUAUAUCUAAUUUCUUUGUAUUGGUGACUAUUGUAGAUAAAGAACACAACUGUCUACUAUGUGAAUUUUGUUACUUAUUUGUACCAAAGGUUUAUCUUUCUUUGGUUUUAUAUAAAAUGUGUAACCUUCCACAACCCUUCCUCCGAAAGCAAUGCUACUUCAACAUUGGCU